CUUUCCUUGAUUAGUAUUGAGAAGAGGGGGAGUUUUAGAGAUGGCCCACCACAUUCUCUUCUUGGGUUUUUUAGCUCUCAGUUGCUCUCUUGCCUUAGCCUCAAGCCCUUUGCAGGAUUUCUGUGUGGCCAAGCCCAACAGUCAAGUGUUGGUUAAUGGAUUAGCCUGUGAGGACCCAAAGCUCGCUCAAGCCGACGAUUUCUUCUUCACUGGGCUCCACAAACCAGGCAACACAUCAAACUUCCUUGGAUCGGCAGUCACUCCCGUCUUCGCAGCCCAUUUACCUGGACUUAACACGCUCGGCAUCUCAAUGGUUCGCAUAGACUAUGCACCAUGGGGCCUCAUUUCGCCCCACACUCACCCGCGGGCCACCGAGAUCCUAACGGUUGUGGAGGGCACCAUCUAUGCCGGCUUCGUCACGUCCAACCCCGACAACCGUCUGAUUGCGAAGGUCCUCCAAAAGGGUGAUGUGUUUGUCUUCCCAGAGGGACUCAUUCACUUCCAGCGUAACAUCGGGUAUGGGAGUGCCGUUGCGAUCGCGGCCCUCAGCAGCGAAAACCCAGGUGUGAUCACCAUCGCUAAUUCUGUCUUCGGAUCGAAUGGGCCCAUUUCGACUGAGGUCCUUACCAAGGCCUUCCAGCUGGACAAGGAUGCAGUGGAUUACCUCCAGUCCAAGUUCUAAAAACCUACAGUUCUCAUUUGUUGUAUCAUUGGUUCCUUUUGCUUUGGUGUUGUUUGGAGUUCAAUGAGUGUUGUUUUAGAUCUUGGAAGACUUGAGAAGAAUCCUAAUAUGUGUGUGAUUGUAUUCUCUUAAUUUGUAAAAGCCAUUCAA